CUUCAGUCAACUUCCAUGCGCAUGCCCUAUGUCAUCUCCUAUUUGAUCUUCUUCUCGUUCCUGGGCACUUUACUGAGAAUGGUCAUCGAGAGUUUGACCUUCUACCCCGGCGCGCCCGUCAACAUCAGUGUAAUAUGGGCCAAUGUGGGAGGCUGUUUUAUCAUGGGAUUUCUCAGUGAAGACCAAGGGCUGUUCCGGUUCAAAGAAGUGGACAUCCAAGUCGAACACGAGGAUGAUGGCCAGCGCAGGGCGCGUGUAACCGCCCACAAGAAGACCAUCCCCCUCUACAUCGGACUGACCACUGGAUUCUGCGGGUGUUUGACAUCCUUUUCCACCUUCAUCCGCGACCUAUUCCUCGCCCUAUCCAAUGGUCUGUCCGUUCCCGUGGGACCCUACUCAGACGUCUCGUUGUUCGCUGCUGCGCAAGACGCUCCCAAGGCCCCUAACGGCGGGUUCAGCUUUAUGGCGAUCAUCGCAGUGCUUUUCCUCGAAGUUGGGCUAUCCACGUUUAGCAUCAAGCUCGGAGCCCAUACGGCGGUGUUUCUCUCCUCUUGGACCCCCCGUUUACCGCAAUGGUGGCUGGAACGGAUCGUCAACCCGUGCAUGAUCCCGUUGGCCACUUUGUCCUGGAUCGCGCUUAUCUGCCUCGUCGCACUGCUGCCGCGUUACGCAUUGGACCCGACCCUAUGGAGUGCAGAGAUAUGGCGUGGCCCCGUGCUGUUUGCGCUGGUGUUCUCUCCGGUCGGCUGUCUCGCGCGGUUCUUCCUGUCGCUCAAGCUCAACAGUCGUCUGGCCGCGUUCCCCCUGGGAACCUUUGCGGCGAAUAUUUCAGGGACCGCAGUGCUAGGAAUGGCGUACUGUUUGCAGCACAGCUCGAUCAGCGCUGCAAGUCUGGGCGGGGGAAGCGUCGUUGGCUGCCAAGUUUUGCAAGGAAUCAUGGACGGAUUCUGCGGCUGUCUGACGACCGUCAGUACGUGGGCGUUGGAGUUGAUUGACCUGCGUCCGCGGCACGCUUAUGUGUAUGGAAUCAUCAGUGUGGUGGUGGCCUUCUGCUUGUUGGUGGUGGAGAUUGGCAGCUUGAAGUGGACUCGAGGGCUCGAGACUCCGAUUUGCUUCAGUGCGAGUACCAUAUAGUAACUACUUAUGGAUAAUAAUGAGCUGGUCAUUUGUCACAUACUUAACUGGCAUUAUUUACGGAACCACUAGAUUCUAGGAA